AUGGGGAAGCAACGCAAAGCGAAGAAAAUUCUCCGCGUAACGGAAGGGCUAACUGCCGAUUCUGACUUGAGUGUCAGUGCAACUCAGCAAACCACACCUUUUUUAAGCGAUACGAUGCAUCUUGGAACUUCAACAGAAGGUACAGAUGUAGAUGAAACACAGGUCCAGCCGUGUUUGAUGGAAAGAGUGACAGACGAAAUGGUUUCACGUGAUAUAUCCGAGGGGUUCCCAGAUAGGGAGUACCAUGUAUCAUUUCGCUCCCCUAUAGAAUCUUUGAGCUCUAUCAAAUCAAGCGAUCUCGCGGAAUCCGUCCACGAGGACAUGGGCGCAGAAUGCUAUGUAGCGGAUAAUAAGGAACUGGUGAAAGAAACGGACGAAAGCUUGUCCGAAUGGACAGUAGAAGAGAGGGAAGUGUCCCAGUUAUUGGAAGAAGGAGGUGAUGUACAAGAGAUUGAGUGCAGUCGAAUAGAAAUAAUUGAUGUUCCAGCGGUUAGGAACGAGGUGGCGGAAAACACCGCUGAGGACCUCGCCAACGGUGAGACUGGCCUUUUGAGUGCGCCUGUACAGACUGCCAUGGCACCUCUCUCCGAGGAUAAAGAUGUGGAGGUUAGUGUUAAUAACGAUGGGAAGAGUGGUGAAGUCGGUGGAAUAAUGGAGGAGCAAGAGUGUAAGAUGAGGCCGUACGACAAAAUUGAUGCUCAAGUUGGGAGCGAACCCCCUCCACCGGUUGAUGUAUCGGAGACAGCAACAUUGGGAACUCGCACUAAGGAUGCCGAAGGAACAUUAAUGAAGGAUGAUACCUGCCAUGUUACUUUGCCUUCCACUGUUCAUACACAUGAAAAGCAUGAAGCAGUCCCUAAUAAGCAGGAAAGCGAUAGUAACGGAAGCGACCGUAUGCUACUUAAGGAAGAAGAAGGUAGUAGAACUGGCACAAUAGGAAUCGGAUCGGUCUAUAUGGGUGUAGAGGGUUCCUUUGUAAUAUACGAAAAGCUGAAGAACAGGUACGACACGUUUUCAUCCAACAAGACCGACAGAGGUGCACGCAUUAGUCGGAUGGAUUCUAACAGUGACUACAAGACCGCCGUAGACGAUGACGAAUUUUCUUGCCCUGAUCUUGACUACACUGUCAUAGAUAUUCCGGAAAAUGACGUGCCAGAGAAGCAACUGGAAUCGUUAACUGAGGCAUUCAAGGGAACCGUGGAGUAUAUGAAAUACCGCGAAGCAUUCAGGUAUUACAAUUUUGACUACCCGAGGUGCUCCAUGUGGUAUUGUAUUAUAUACAGCGCUCUAUUAGUUUGUUUAAUAUCCCAUAAGGUCUUCUUUGAUCACAUACUCGAGCGUAGGUCGGGUGUUAAGGAAUUGGCCGAGUGGCAGAGAAUUAAGGGAAAUUUAACAUAUUCAACUGGGUAUUUGGAUUUAUUAUUCAUGGGUCUACCUGUAAUUUUGACGCUAAUGAUGCUUAAGUGUAUUGGAACACGAUACAUUUUCGCAAAGAUGGCAUGCUAUACUUGGAUGUUGUUAAAAUUUUUCUUAAUCACCUCGAUUGUGCAUUCGCUCUCCUCAUUCACCUCCAAGAACGUAAGAGAUAUUCUAUUAUGGGAUAUGGGAUGGUUGCUCAACCCACACCAAAAUAUAGUUAUCGGCGGACUCUACUCGUAUAACUUAACGUUCCUGCUCUACAAACUUCUCAUUGCAGGAGUCACCAUAUGGACUCUGAAUCACCGGUUCGUGGUACCAAGAUUGAUAGCCAGCAUGGUUAGAAGGGAUAUGCAAAGGAUAAGGGUGACUUCCAUAAAGCACUGCUUCAUCGCCUUGCCAAAUGAUCCUGUGAGAUCUGAGAGACAUGGCACAACAACGGCCUUAGGGUUUGCUGUCAAGAUAGAGCAUCACGGUGAGCUCCCUUUUCUGUGGAGGUUGCUUUGCAGAGCCAUGGGAGAUCGCUUGAUGCAAAGAGAGAGCGUUGGAAGAUUUUAUCAGUAUGUGGGCCAAAUAAACAAGAAACUUAAGCCACACGGGUAUGGAGCUUGGCAGAGUACUACACCAUGCGGUGAAACGUUGGUAGGAUAUUGGGAAUACGGCAUUCCCCUUGGUACUUUCAGAAGUAGAGAGGCAAUGACACAUGCCAACUUCAGCCAAAUGUUACUGGGCUGGGUCAAGUGCCCUAAUGCAGAGGGAAUAACAAUGGGUAUCUCAGCCGUCGAAACAUGUAUCAAUGGCCUGAACUUUGGUUCACUUCCUAGGGUUAUGAAGUAUAAGGCCGAGAUAUUCGAUGAAGAUAACAUCAAUGAAGGUCUUCUAAAGCAUAUUGGCACUCCUGGGAGCAGCGUUUUUGAGGAUGAACAAAACCUUUCGCAAGACGACAAAGUGGUACUUAGGGCGUACAAAACUGCAAAAGGCGUUGCUAAUUACGAUCUCCAAAAAUCUGACGCGUAUGUGCAAGAUGUAAAGCGAAGGAGUACGGCGUCAGAACGGCUGAAGUGCAUGUUAAGCAACAUGUCGGUUAAUAGAUCAGGUUCGAGGAAGCUAAAUCGUAUGUUUAAGUUCAUAUUCAAGUCACUAGAACGUAACAUGCCUGUUUUAGUUGGACAUGAAGCUACGGAAAUUAAGGUAUCGGUUGACACCAAUGCCAAUCUCUACGUAGAUGGCUUCGUCCCUUUUGAUGUGACUUUCGAAAACGACAUGAGUCCUAUAGCGUCAAAUACAGAUUCUACCCUAUCCUUGAAGGUUGAGGAAACUCACAUGAUUUCGAGAAGAAACUUAUUGAAACCUGUAUUGCUGAGACCCACAGUUGACCCGGUACUGGUACCCAAUGGAUGGAAGAAGCGCGGAUCGUAUAAAGCUCCGGAAGUAUUUUUAUUCAUACACGGCCCGGAUAGCUCAAACGAGAGACAGCUAGCAAAUGUCGCUCAGUUAUUCACCACGUGGAACUACCCGCAGUAUGUUAAACCAAUUUUAUUCGGAUGGCCGCCGCUGUUCAACAUUAACAAGCUGACCUCUGCAGGGCAUGAACGAGCAUUAGUGGGCUGUAGGGACGCUCUACUUGGUUUUCUGAGGGCGAUAGUUAGCAACGGAAUCACGGAUGUGCACGUGGUAGUUGAUUCCACUGGGGUUGUAAUGUUUUUGGAAACUUUCGCGUCAAUCACACAAAUGACGGAUCCGCCAUGUAUAUUCCGUAAAGUGGGAGAUUGCACUCAUGAGAAUGCAACGCAGAUUAACCUAUUGACGGUCACCUUUAUGUUUCCGCAGUACGACCUGGAAAGGUUCAUCAGCUUACGCUACAUGCCACUUAGAUCACACUGCGAUGUAAUUACAAUUUUCGGAUUGAAAACGUCUGAUGGGUUAUGCGGGUAUUUGUUUGGAACUAGAGAAGGGAUGUCAACAAAUAUAAGCCGUUUUUCACUGAAACGCCAGAAUGCUGUGCUUCAAGACACAAUUAUGUACCAAACCGACAGAGAUGAACAGCCUACUCUGGAUUCAAUUUUGCUUCCACCGUUGGCACACGACGUGAUCAAUGGUAAUAUUGGCGAAUCUCGGGACAUUAGCAAGUUGUGGCUUGACGUGGAUUGUAUCGACGUUACGUGGUUGAUCGAAGUCAAAGGUCACAGAAGACAUGAGAAUUGGCACCUAUUUAGGGAAAUCGCAGAGGAUCUAAGGGAACUGAUCGUAAGCCGCAAGAGAGCCAAGGAUAGGACCACCAAACUUGACCGUGCCAAGGGGAACGUCUGGGUCUACAAGGAAUACAUCCUCGAUCAUCUUAUUGAGAGCAGAUAA